AUGACAAGAUUAUCAACAGUAAACACAAAGGACUCUCCCGUCUUGAUCCCACAAAAAUUAAUAAACAAAGAAAGACAAGAUUCUAAACUACAAAUCGAUGAAAUAAAUACUUUCUUAGAAUCGAACCCAGAAAAACAAUCCCUAACUCAUCAACUAAUAGAUCAAAUCGUCAAUGAUCCAAUCUUACAAACAGACACCAAAUAUUACGAUCAAACAAAGGACCAACAAAGAGAAAUUACAGCAAAGAAAAUAGCAAGAUUAGCCACAUACAUGGAACAUGACAUCAAAACAGUUAGAGCUCAGUUCCGUGACAAUGACCUGAUCAAACAACUCCAAUCUUCAUCUUCUUCCUCUGUCCUUCCUUUGACAAAUAAAGACAUCUCAUUAUUUGACAAGCGUCUAUCUCUCGUAGCAAACAUAGACCCUCAAUUAGGUACAAGAGUUGGUGUCCAUUUAGGACUAUUCGGUAAUUGUAUAAAAGGUAACGGUACAGAUGAACAAAUCAAAUAUUGGUUACAAACGCGUGGUGCCGCAUUCAUAAAGGGAAUAUACGGUUGUUUCUCCAUGACUGAACUAGGUCACGGUUCUAAUGUGGCUCAAUUACAAACUACAGCUACUUAUGAUUCUAAAUUGGAUUCAUUCGUGAUAAAUACUCCAGAUUUGACCGCAACAAAAUGGUGGAUUGGAGGUGCUGCUCAUUCUGCAACUCAUACCGUUUGUUACGCAAGAUUACUCGUAGAAGGGAAAGAUUACGGUGUUAAGACAUUCGUGGUCCCAUUGAGAGAUUUGGAAACUUUACAAUUGUUACCUGGAAUCUCCAUUGGUGAUAUUGGAUCCAAGAUGGGUAGAGACGGUAUUGAUAAUGGAUGGAUUCAAUUUAGAAACGUUAUCAUCCCAAGAGAAUAUAUGUUAAGUAGAUUUACUAAAGUAAUUCCCUCUGAGAAUGGUAGUGAUAAAGUUACUGUCAAAACUCAACCUCAAUUGGAUCAAAUUUCAGGUUAUAGUGCUUUGUUAAGUGGUAGAGUUAAUAUGGUUAUGGACUCUUUUAGAUUCGGUUCCAAAUUUGCUACUAUCGCUACAAGAUAUGCCGUAGGAAGACAACAAUUCGCUCCAAAUAAAAACUCUACGGAAUUACAGUUGAUCGAUUAUCCAUUACAUCAAUAUCGUGUCUUACCACAAUUGACUAUACCAUAUUUGGUUUCUCCCGCUGCGUUCAAAUUGAUGGAUACUUAUUAUUCUACAUUAGAUGAAUUGUAUAAAGUUUCAUCUUCAUCUCCUGCUAACGCUAAUGGGUUGAAAGUUGUUAGUGAAAAAUUGAAGAAUUUGUUCAUUGAUAGUGCAUCAUUAAAGGCAACUAAUACUUGGUUGAUCUCUACUUUGAUUGAUGAAUUAAGACAAACUUGUGGUGGUCACGGUUAUUCUCAAUAUAAUGCUUUCGGUAAAGGGUAUGAUGAUUGGGUUGUUCAAUGUACUUGGGAAGGUGAUAACAAUAUCUUAUCUUUAACUUCUGCUAAAUCCAUUUUGAAAAAAUUCGUUGAUUCCGCAACAAAGGGUAAAUUUAACAAUUCAUUAGAUGAGGAUUCAUUCAAUUAUUUAAAUCCGAAAUUUAUCAUGAAAGUUUUCACCCCAUCUGGUGACUCUACAAGUAUUAUCGAUGAUGAUGACCUUUAUAGUUACACCAAAAUUUGGGAAGUUAGUUUGGUUAAGAUUUUAGCUUUCAUUGGGAAAUCGAUUGAAAGAUCUAGAGAUGUUGAUAGUGUUUCGAAAUUAUUAGUUAUGGUUUCGAAAUUCCAUGCUAUUCAUUCCAUGUUAAAAACAUAUCAUAAUAAGUUAACAAAUAAUGAUCCCCAUGAUAAGUCAUUCAUUAACGAUCAAUAUACUCAGGAGACAAUGUGGAACAUUUAUAAAUUGUUCUCCAUCUAUUUCAUCGAUAAACAUUCUGGUGAAUUCCAACAAUUUAAGAUCUUAACACCAAACGACAUCUCCAAAAUCAUUCAACCAAAAUUAUUAGAAUUGUUACCAAAAUUAAGGAAAGAUUGUAUCGCUUUGACUGAUUCAUUCAAAUUACCUGAUGCAAUGAUUAAUGCUCCAAUUGGCUAUUACGACGGUGAUAUCUAUCAUAAUUAUUUCAAUGAAGUCGUAAAGAAUAAUCCUGUGGAGAAAGAUGGUGCCGGUAUUGCUCCUUAUCAUAAGAUUUUAUCCGAUAUGUUGACAAGAGGAUUUGAAUUCGACGCUAAAUUAGGAGGUAGUUCAAAUAAAGAUAUUUUAUCCAUGUUGAACAAAUAG